GUCAGUCCCACACCCCUUUGAACUAUGUAUAAAACCCACAUUACUGCUGAUCAGUCUCACAAGCUGUUUGUCAACAGUACUGAUCAGCUGUUCUGUUUCGCCCUCAACCAACAUCACCUCCGACCUCGAAAGGAUGGAAUCGUCAAAGUGGACAAAUAUUUUUCAGAAUAAAGCGAAGCAGCUGAAACACUCUUGGAAUUUGGAGUUUGAUGAACAUAUUGUGCCAAACCGUCCGCACUUUGGCUGGAGGCAGUGCGUCAAUAACACAUGUGCAAGGUUCAGAUGCAGCAGCUGUGGCAGAGGUUGGAGUUCCAACCGAGUGAUGGUGCUCUUCCACAUGCGGCUGAUGAAUGGGAACGGUAUCGUCAAGAUGAGGCCCCUCUAUCAGAAGUGCAAGAACUGCAGCGAUGCUCCAAUGGAGAAGCCCAACAUCGAAUCUGACAGCAUCGCCGUCCUCAUGGACAACUUGAUGGAGAAAAUAAGAGAAAACUGCUACCAUGAAAACACUGGUGGGAAAAAAAGGCAUUUCAGAAGCUACGAUGGCAACAAUCCCCAUCAGCCAGAUCACUGUCAGGGCUGUAAGCUAGGACUCUGUAGAAAAAAGUGAUCUUGUUUUGCUUUUAAGUCAGGCUUUUAUCAGCUUAUAUGUAUAGGUUAGCUUGAAUGAUCUUAUUAGCAAAGCAGAUGUUUCCUCCUGACUUUCUGUUUCCUCUUACAGUUUUCCUCUUCUUUGAUAUAAGUUUUCAUGUUUGGCUGAAGGCAUUGCUGCUGUUUUUGAUAUUUGCAAAUGAAUAAAAUAUAAAAGUGAA